AUGGCAACUUGGUGGUCGGAACACGUCAGGGCCACCUGCUCAUGUACAGUGUUGGAGAGUCUGGAGCUCAGGCCGAUGUCAAGUUGCUGCGCUCCAACAAAAACUUUUCUAAGAAACCCAUCACACAAGUGGCCGUGGUGCCACAUUAUCAGAUCCUCAUCUCCCUCUCUGACAGCAUCAUCAGUAUCCACGACUUGACAGUGUACAACUUCCCUUUACUCUCCACCAUGAACAAUACCAAAGGUGCCUCUCUUUUUGAUCUGGAAAUAAAGCACCACGUAAGCCUGACGGGCGACGUGGCGGUGACAGUGCGGCUGGCGGUGGCGGUGCGGCGGCGGGUGCAGCUCUACUACUGGAAGGCGCGCCACUUCCACGCCCUCCUGGACGACGUCCAGCUCACAGACGCGCCCCAGCACCUGCGCUGGUGGGGCGGAGGGCUGGUGCUGGACCAGGGGCUGGUCUACUGCAGGAUACUGCUGGACGAGGUACGGUCUACUGCACUGCUGGACGAGGUACGGUCUACUGCACUGCUGGACGAGGUACGGUCUACUGCACUGCUGGACGAGGUACGGUCUACUGCACUGCUGGACGAGGUACGGUCUACUGCACUGCUGGACGAGGUACGGUCUACUGCACUGCUGGACGAGGUACGGUCUACUGCACUGCUGGACGAGGUACGGUCUACUGCACUGCUGGACGAGCCACCGAUCGCGCCCCCGCUGCCUGUUGCUCAGACCCGUGUGAUUCCUACAGCUGUCGUUCAACUGCCUCAUUUAGAGCCUCUACCUUUCCUUAUCUGUGGAGGCAGCUUUUAUCUCUUUGUUCAAACUCUGUACCAGCCUCCCCUCUGUACCCCUGCAGUGUACCAGCCUCCCCUGUGCCUGGGUGUGGUGGGGGGCAGGGCCGUGGAGGUGGUCAGCGCAGAGGGCAGCGUCCUGCUGCAGACGCUGACCCUCCCCAAGCCGCGGCUCCUCGUGGCUGACGUCGUCUCCAGCGGCGUCAGCAGGACUGGGGGCCGACACCGCGCGUUCUGCGCGUCGCUGUCGCACGUGUGGUGCCUGCGCGGCCUCUCCCCCGCCGCGCAGAUCCAUAAAGGCUUUAUCUAUAAAUAUCGUAGAGACGAGCGCCCCAGUCUGGUGGGGCCCUUGCUACGCAUCCCCGACGGUCGGGUGAGUCUGGCGGAGGGCGAGCGUCUGCUGAGGGAGCACAACCGCCUGCCUGACUUCCUGCAGCUGCUGAGGGCGCGAGGGCAGCACGAGAAGGCCCUGGCGCUCCUGCACCAGCACCAGCACACCACGCACCCCUCGCCUCUCAAGGGACCCGCCGAGCUAGUCAACUACUUGCAGAAUUUAGAUAUUUCCCCUGCAUAUGCUGGACAGGAGCACGUGAUCCAGGAGUGGGGGGACAGGUCGAGCAGCCUGCACAACGAGCUGGUCAAGCUGUACCGCGACGUGGUCAUCGAGGAGACCACGAGACUGAAGAGCCGUGCUGCCGGGGCCCACCUCAGCGCCUGUGACGAGGACCUGACCGGCAGCGUGUCCAACUUGAGCAUCACUUCCCCCGACAGCCCACCCCAUCCUGCCCCAUCAAUUAUGCCCACCGACAGCACCUCCCGUCCUGUCCCCUCGACGGGUCCCCCCGACAGUUCUCAUACAGCCCCCUCAACGGGUCCCCCCGACGACAACCCUGACCCUGUACCUCCGCUCUCGCACAUCCACCCCGACUUGAGGUUCAGCUUAGAAGACAUCAGGGACAAGCUCCUGGAGUUCCUGCGCAUGUCCAAGUGUUACGUGCCAGCCACCGUGCUGCUGUGUCUGCCUCCCCAGCACGAGUGCCUGCUGGGGGCCCGGGCUGUGGUGCUAGGGGCGCUAGGGCAGCACCGUCAGGCCCUGCAGCUGUACGUGUCACAGCUACACGACCUCCCCGCCGCCCUCGCCUACUGCAGCGCCCACUACACCGGCCUGGGUGCUGCUAGCCAGGUUUAUUUGUUCCUGCUGGAGCUGCUGAUCCAGUGCCAAGACGUUGCUAGUCUGCUCAGCUCCAACAGCCGCAGCGCGCGUGAGGCAGACAACCGUCAUGAGGCAGGCAGCAGACGUGAUGAGGCAGAGGCAGACAACAGAAGCGAUGAGCAGGAGGCAGACAUCGGCCUCGCCUCCUCAAGAGGAGACGCCGGCGACCAGCCCGGGGCUCGCACCCGCAGCUCAGCGGAGAGCGACGCAGGUUCCCCUACACCUCAGGAUAGCCCACGAGGUGGAGCCCUGGUGGGCCCAGGAAGCGGGGCCCUGGCGGGACCAGGCGGUGGGGCCCUGGUGGGUCCAGGAGGUGGGGCCCUGGUGGGCCCAGGAAGCGGGGCCCUGGUGGGACCAGGCGGUGGGGCCCUGGUGGGUCCAGGAGGUGGGGCGCCGUCGCCCACCCCGUCAGAGGCAGCCAAGUUCGACAUCCUGCUGAGCCUCCUGCACACCUACGCGCAGUACAUCAAACUCAAGCCCGCUGUGCAGUUACUGCCCGACAGUCUGCGGGUGGCGGAGCUGCGCAGUUUCCUGCAGUCGUGGCUGCGGCAGUUUGCCUGCGCCCGCCGCAGGAUGGCGCUGCAGACUGGCGUGGCAAGGGCGCUUGUCAGGCAGGUCACGUCUGACUUGUGCCUGGCGCAGAGCAACAAAAUAUCGCUGUCGUCCCUCAACAGCUGCUGCAUCUGCGGCAAGCGCCUUACGCGCUUCAGUGCGUUCGUCUGCUCGCCUGGGGGCGCCGUCUGCCACUUCUCCUGCCGGGACCGCCUGCACGGCGCCUGGGUCGCUGAGGUCCUCCACGCGCGCCACAGAAACGCGCUCGACGAGCGCACACGCGCAGCUGUCGCCGCCUCGGGUCCUGGCGUCAGCGUCCCGGGUCCGAGCGUCAGCGUCCCGGGUCCGAGCGUCAGCACAAGUCCCGGCGUCAGCGUCGCGGGCCCCGGCGUCAGCGUCGUGGGCCCCGGCGUCAGCGUCCCGGGUCUCGGCGUCAGCGUCGUGGGCCCCGGCGUCAGCGUCACGAGUCCCGGCGUCAGCGUCGCGGGCCCCGGCGUCAGCACAAGUCCCCUCAGCACAAGCUUCGUUGCUAUCACUAGUCUUGGUGUCAGCCCCGCGAGGCCUGGCGUCAGCGUCGCGGGUCUUGGUGUCAGCUCCUCGAGCCCUGGUGUCAGUAGAAGUCCCGGCGUCUCCUGAAGGCACUGGGCUCUCUAGGAGUUGAAACGUUGAUUCAUCGGAGUAAAUAUUCAUUUAUUAACAUAUAUCUAUGUCCGUAGUUGCAUGUUCUUCCAAAGAACCCGUGGGCAGGAAGGAAUUAAAAUCAAAAUUAGAAAUUCACAUCCAAAAAAAUCUUAAGCCUGAUUCGUCAAACCCGGGACGGUUAGGUUAAUAAACUUCUAACCCAAAAACAGUAAGCUUGGGUUUGAAUGCCAUAUUUUUAGCCCAAAAAUGUUAGGUUUGAUUUCUAUACUUUCAACCCAAAACAGUUACUUUAGCAAACUCUGUUGAUCCAACAUGUCCUGACAAGGGGCUACCCACACGACGGUUUGUUCAAGAAGCUUUCUUAUUUCUUGUUUGUAUGUAUUAUUUAUUUCUGUUGAUCGUGUAGUGAAAGAGAUUAAAGUAUAACUUAAUACGAUAGUGACGAUUGUGACGCUCAUAUGUCUGUGCCUGCGCAGAUGUCUGCGAGUUUCCAUGUAAUAUAAGUCAAAAUUUCUCUUUUAUAAAUGUUAUUAUUGUUAAGAUAUUCAAGGUUUAAGAUAGAAAUUAUAUUAUUGAUGCCAUUCUGUUUUAGUUCGAAAAGUUUUGUGCGUGAUGACACCGAACAUUUAUAUAACUUCCCACUCUAUCAUGCCCCUCGCCUCCACGCUACCCUGCCUCUCGCCCCACUCUAAAAAUAUAUAUCAAAAGAUUCAGCGCUGUGGCUACCCUCGCGGCUGUGAACCUGAGCUCCCAGGCCUGUAGUUGCCUCAACUAGAGCAUAUCACGCUUCAUAUAUCACGCUGUUACUAACAUUAACUAGCAUUACAGUCGUCCAUUGUUGUAGUUAUCGUGUAUCACUGAUCGGCGUUAUCUUGUUACACUUGAAGUGUCACCCGCUGGUGUUAGCUAUCACCCCUGCAACACCCAGCCUCGGAGUCAUGAAAAUAUUCACUGUCUAACGCAGGAUAAUCUGGUUAACGAGUUAACGUAAUUGGAUGCAUAAAAUUAACUAAUACUACAUGUAAGAGGAUAAUAUGAAAGUAAUACUUGGUGGUGUUCGGCGGGUGUCUGGUGGUACGGUACCCUACUUAUUGUUUUACAAACAUGGCAGCUGAGACAUCAUUCGCAUAUGUUUCCGCGGAAUCUUUAUAAUUUAGUGUGAAAGGAAUUUAGAAUAAGUGUAUAUUGUAUUAUGUAUGGAAUUAAUAAUAAUGUAGAUAUUAAACAAUUGACAACGUGAUAAUGAAUUGACGUGACGCGAAGUGAGCUUAUCUCUCAUGGGGCUCUUGAUCCCUUGUACCUCGGCUGCGAUAAGAAGCCUCCAUCUCAAGUUGUAAGGACAAACUUCAUUUUCUAAAUCACGCCAGCGCUCCUCCAUCAUAUUCGCCCGAGCUGAUGUGUCUCUGUCCUCGUGCUCUGUCAUGAGCUCGAGUGGACGCUCCGGCAGCCGUAGCCUUCUACCAUGAUGCAUUUUUUGGCGUGCAUUCUUCCAGUGAGCCGCAGAUUUUCCGGAAUUCAUCGCUCGAAUUCUUCAUUCGCUCCAAACUCUUGUCUUCCAUUUGUAAAUGAUGUUGGACUGUCAGGUACGAUGUUACACUCGUAGAUUUCCCCUACUUGUGGUACGAGUCUCUAAUACAAAUGCUGAAGCUUUACUAUCAAAAUUCGCAUAAGUAAACGUAGCGGCCAAUUUCUCGUCUGUGAUUGGUGGAUUUAGCUUGAAAAACCGUCAGUGAUGCACAGACGGAGUUGCGAAUUCAUGACUGAUGGUACAGCCCCUGAACAUCAGGAGGCUUCAGCCAACAAACUCCGUUUGUUUAUCGCUUAAGAAUUCAACUCAAAUUCUGUCUGAAUAAAACUUCUCGUGUUGUUCACGGUUAAACUAAUACUUCCCUCCUGUUCGGCUGAUAUUCCGUACUCUUACGUCACUAAUUGACUUGAUGCUUCUUGCCAACAUAAUUAUUACUGCCAAAGAGUGCCUAUGGUUACUUAUUGUACUUCUAUAACCGAUACUUUCCGUUCUACUUUUUGUGUAAAGUUUCAGAUCAUAUAACGUUUAAAGUUACGGUCCGAAUUCGAACCGUCGCGUCUACAGUUCAAGCAAACUUCACUAAUUCUUCAGCCUGUACAAUAUGACUAUGAUUACUUUAAUUGAAUAUUUUUAAAACUAUGUAUUGUACAUUUUUAGUCAUAUAUUGCGAUGGAAACAAGAAUGAUUGUCAAGACUCAGCGUUGAUUGCACAGUGGGUCAUGUCCCAGCUAACAUUCCGUUGAUCAUCUUGCAACAUUCGUUGCAAAGCUCACAUGUUCUGCUCUUUGUACACAAGUUUAGCCAUUUAUUGAUGAUCUGAUUAGUUGCUUAAUAGUGAACCAAUGCGUAUUGAUAGGUUAGGCCAGACUCAUUAGCGCUGCUGGUAAGAGGACGAUAUAUUUAUUUCUGGUGCGUAGGCCAGAUUCUUAUGGUAGUGGAAACAAACUUUUUAUUAUAAAGCAAGUUUACGACAUCGCGUUUCAGUAAAUACUGCCCGUUAUGAGCGUUUUUGGACUAACAAAUUAAAAAAUUACUCUUCAUAUUGACAUUUUACGGUGUUGUAUUUGAAUGAGUUUUAUUCCAAUUUUAAAAUUAAACAUUGAAACAUGGG